AUGGAAACAUGCACAUGGAGGGGUGAUUUUCAAGCUCAAAGGAAUUGCUUUGUUGAAGCAUGGCGUGAACCAUGUAUUGGAAGGGGAAUUCAAAAGAUUAUGCCAAACAAUGACACAAAGCCUUCUCCUAUCAAGAUGGAGUCUGCCGGGGAGCUCCAUGUUUCUCAAGGAAGCUUUACAAAUAGACUCUGCAGAAUUGUAACUUUUACUUCAAAGGUUAUGCCACCAAUUCUUUGGCAGAGAGCCCUUGAAAACAAGCAUGUCCUUGGAAAUCGAAAACUUGCGGUGCGGAUAGCAAAGUCACAGUGGCUUAGAAUAGUGCUUGAUCAAUUGAGACAUUACUUUGGUAUCUUUCUGAACCAAUUCUUUGAAUAUUCAGUUGAUGCCAUAAUGGCAGAAUCUCAUGAACUUUGUGGUUCGACUUUAUUUGUUGACCGAGCAAUUUUAAGUGAUGUAGAUAUGAGAUACCCAAGCAGAGUAGCACAGGGUGGCUAUGAUGCAUACAAUGCUCAUAUUACUGCUGCUACUCACUAUGCUGCUCAAGGUGCUCCUACACUAUAUGACUUCCCUGGUUCAGCUUAUGGAAGACCUUAUCGUGGACUGGGCAAAGAGAUCUUUGUUGGCAGAAUCCCACAGGAGGCAAGUGCUGAUGAUCUGCGGCAGUACUUCAGCAGAUUUGGCCGUGUCUUAGAUGUUUAUAUACCAAAGGAUCCUAAGAGAACGGAACAUAGGGGCUUUGGUUUUGUUGCUUUUGCUGAGGAUGGUGUUGCAGAUCAUGUAUAUUGCAGAACUCAUCAAAUUCUAGGACAAGAGGUUGCUAUCGACUCAGUAAUAGCACCACUUCGUCGUGCUGGUUCUAGUGGAAGUAACAUGGAUGCUGCCGCAGCCCAUGGAGGGUAUGGUCCCAUGCAAACCUAUGGGUGGCCUCAUCGGAACCUGAAUUUUGGUGAUUAUGGUGAUGGUGCCACUGGGAGUAGCAGGCCUUAAAGAAUGGAUUGGAGGUUCCGGCCUUGCAACCUGUGAUCCGUGAAAUCAUCUGUGGAACAACGUAAGACUAUUGAGUUGAUGCGCUGAAGAAGGCUAAAUAGAUGUUACAAUUGGGAUAUCCUACUCUCUGCUGGCUGUUUAUUCAGUGAUGUACUAAGCUGGGACUGAGUCAUUAGACCCGCCUGCAUGCAUGCUCUUCACGUGUGAGUGAGACUUACCUUCUAAUAUUUUAAAAAUAUAGAAGGUAGAGAAGGUACACGUGUCAAGCAUAUGAUUCGAAGAUGUUGAAAGCGAUUUUGUUUUUU